ACGUGAUCUGUCUGCGGACGGCGGAAGCUAAUGUUAUCUUUGACCUGUAACUGAGGAUUCCUUCGCAAAGCGAAUUUGAAAUAAUUGUACCCCAACUUAACUAAAACUUCUAAAAUAACAAUGAGUGGAGCCGCUGUUGUCGCAGUCCGAGAAGAGAAAGCGAGGUUUGGAAAUAUUGAGGUCACUAAAGAAACAGCUUUGGUGGCUACAGAAGAAGGGAUUGUAGCAAUAGAAAGACACAGGAUUGAGGAACACCAACCGAUGAGAGCCCUGCCUCCCCCACAACAACAACAAGCAUCUUGGUAUGAUCCACGGGGCAAAGGUUGCUGUGUAGGAUUCUUGCUGAUGUUGAUGUGGAUCGUGAUUGCUGUCAUUCUGCUGCCCUUUUUCAUCCUUGUCUGCAUUUGUUAUUGUUGCUUCGGAAAAGAUGAUGACUGAUUGGUAACAGAAGCCAUCUGGUUUAAGCUAAAAAUAGUGUCGCACUAGUUAAUUGUAAUAUUGCUACAACGAUAGGCGCGGAAAUUACGUUUACUUAGCUUAGACUUGGCACGCUAAACCCAAGAAUGGCCGAGUUGAGAAGUCGAGCUUUCGACUCCGUCGCAUUUUAUUUAUUGGGCCGUUCUACGCACACGUCAUUAGAUAGGUUUGUCACGCAACAUUUCUCGUGGGAAGAGAAAAAUUGAAUUGAAUUCAAAUAAAACGACGGGCUUCACAUUUAGUCUCCCUCGCGCGCAUCCGUUUUACGUGACGACCGACACUUAAAACGGAUGCGAGGGAGACUAGCUUCACAUGCGCAAUAUUCUGACAUUCCCAGCACGUUAGUUCCGACUUUUAAACUAGGCCCGCCCACUUACAGCCUCAUUAGAACGUUAUACGAAAUACGUACUAUUACCAAAGGCAACCGAAUUUAGAUAAAAGCGAAAGGUAAAAUAAAAUUGAAAAAAAGUUGAUGUUUUUUUAAUUUCAUCAAGGUCGACAUGCAUUAGAUUUAUAAUAUUUCCCCGGGGGGUGGUGGGUGUACUCCCUUUGUUCAGGUGGUAGGGGUGAUCGGCGCUCCUUUUAGGGUUGAAAAUAUUCCCUAUGUGGACCUUUUAAAGGUUCCGGCUCAAAAGUCAAUUACGUAACAUACCUCCGUUCCUUUUGGGGUCAUUUAUCCAUGCUAUGCCGCUGUUUACUUUACAAUGAUUACAAUACGCUGUCCUGUCAUUCGUUAAACCGGCGUUGAUAGCCGGGGUUAAUAGUAAAUUACUGAAAUAAAGCUGUACCUUUUAGGGUUUGAAAUCA